AUGGCCCCAUCGUUCUCGUCGCUUCGUCGCACGCUCUGCGUCGCAUUGCUGCUCGCGGUGCAGCUCUUUGCGACGGAAGUCGUCGCAACCAGCACGGUCGUGGUCAUGCGCGCGACUGACACCGUGAACACUCUCUGCGUCGGCCGUCGCCAGCCCAAGCUCGGCAUCGCAGCGCUCGCAGCGUUCGCACAGUCUGUCGCGGAUAGCACGGACAUGGGCGCGGUCUUCGAGAGCAAGAGCGACAUGCCCUCCUAUUUCUACGUUGGCAACUCGGAUAAGCUCAAGCGCCUUCACCGCUGCGCCAAUUCUCUCGUCUACUAUUCUUACGCUCCGCCCGACUCUGCCGGCGCUCGAGGAUCCUUUGCGCGCAUUUCCGCGCUCCCGCUGGUGGUGGCGCAGUCCGCCUUCAUCUUUUCGAUUUCUCCCGCUGCGCUCGACAAUUCUGACGUGGAAGUGAUGGUCGUCAACGAUUCCCCGCGCCCGCUGACGGUUACUGGGCCGAUUGCCGGCGAAAUUCAGGCCACAGAAGGGACGGUGUCAGCUACAGACACGCUGAUCCCGCAGGUGGUGUCGGACUACCUGGUAACUGUCGCCUUGUCGCAGAGCAAGAAGCUGCGAGGAACCAUCAUCGUGUCAUCCUCGCCCAGCAGCAACCCCGAUGGCACCCUCUACACGGCCACAUACAUCAUCUACAAGCCGUUCCCCUACAGCGACGGCGGUAUCUGCACCACUGACGCUGACAUUCCCUGCUUCACCUUCUCCUACCAGACCGCCACGUUCUUUGAACCAGCUGCAGAUGCUGCAUCAGCAGCAGUGGCUGACGGUGGGGAUCCGGGCCAGCAGCAGGCGCCGCCAAGGGCUAUGCUGGAAACUGGGGGGUCUGCUAGUGAUGGUGUGCAGAAUGCUGCUCUUGCUGCCGGCGCUGGUCACAGGAAGCUGGGGCGGGUUCUGAUUUCGGAUAUUGGAUAUGCAAUGGCAAGUGAUCGCGUGGUUGCUUCUGCUAGCGCAGUCAAUCGCUGUUACUACCUGGGAGGCAAGCUUGUCUGCAGUACCUCCUAG